ACGAAUUAUUAAACUGACAGAUUGAAAUAUAUAUUCACAGAACAACUGUUCUCGAAUAAAAGUUACUUUUGCACAAUCGAUAAUAUUAGCGCCUUGCCCAACAUUGCAGAAUUGUUGCCAUUGAUUUCCUGGGAUUAGUCAUAACCCUGCAAGAGCUCACGUGCCAGGUUUCUAAAAAGUAAACAAAAACAUGAACGUUGAAUGGUCGCUAGCUAUUUUGUUUGGUUACAGCUAUUAUUUAGUUUGCACACUAAUGUAAUUUAAUGCAAAAUAUAUUUUAUUUUAUUUUAGAGUGAGCAUCUGAAGCCAAGUCAAGAUGACAAGCCCAAACCGAGACAUCCCCAUCCACAGCUGGCCAGGCUCCUACUACAUCAACAGCGAGAAGCGCUGGGAGGCCGGGACCCUGUCCCUGACCCGCACCAUAUUGCGCUUCACCUCAGACCAGAGCAAAGAGAACCUGGUUGGCUUCCGCCUCACCAGGAUCAUGGAGAUCAAGAUGGAAUCGUCCAGCUUCAUCUUCAGCACUCUGACUGUGUUGGAACAGGGGAAUCUCAAGCACUGGUUCGGCUCACUGAGGCCCAACCGGUUGGUGGUCUACAAUGUCCUGGAGCAUUUCUGGAGGGAGAGGUUGUUGUCCCCCUCUACUGAGGUCCAGGGGGGCGAGGCACAGCCCACCAAGGGGAGGGAGCUGAUUAACCUGGUGGCAGGGGCUCAAAGACGGCUAGAGGACACAGGGAAUGUCCUCCACCACCAGGGAGAGCAGUUUGAUAACGUCAUGCAGGGCCUGGACAAGAUCGACUCUGAUCUGGGCGUGGCAGACAAGCUACUGUCUGAACUGCAGUCUCCUCCUUGGUGGCCUUUUGGCAAAUUACCCUGGAAGAGUCAGCAGGAUGCCAAUGCUGAGCAUGCUGCCAGAGAGGCCACUUGUAAGGGAACAGCAACAGGCAAGCACAGAGUGAUCACCAGCAUACCAGCCAUCGUUUCCAGACGUGGAGACUCGGACCUGAAGCCUGGCUGCUUGAUGGUGAUGGUCUCCUCUUUAGAAGUCCGAGACACAAACUAUGUGCUCCUCCACCGCUUUGAGAGGGACGAGGUGGAUGACAUCCGGGUGCACAACCCUUAUGAGAUCAGUGUGAGGCAGAGGUUCAUAGGGAAGCCAGACAUAUGCUUCAGACUCCUGUCGGCUAAAAUGCCGGAGGCCAUGUCUGUGCUAGAGAUGCAGUACAAGAAGAAGGUAGAGUACACGAGUGAGUACUCUGCCUUUAAGACGACCCCAGCCACAACCCCAUGUGACCAGAAUCAAGUUUUAAUAUGGAAUGCAGGCUUGCAGCAGUACCAGGAGACAGAGGUCCCCAGUACGGUCCCAGCAGGAGAGCUUUCCCAAGUGCAUCUACAUGUCCUUAAGCCAGAGGUUACUCAGGAUGAGGUUCAGGAGCUCCGACAGAUGCUAAUGCAGCUGAAGAAUCUUGCUCUGGAGGCUGAGACUGAGCUGGAGAAGCAAGACGAGAGCCUGGAUGUUCUGACCACCUCUACGGACCAGGCCACCAUGGACAUAGACAAACACACCUGCCACAUGAAAAGGCUGCUGUAACUAACUCACUUACAACGCAAUGCAGAAAUGCACCGAGUUGCUAUUGCCUUACGACGAAUGUAUUCUGUUAGAAAGUUGUUGUACUGUACCUCUAUAUUUGAGGUUCCAUAACCAUUGAAACCAGAUUUUACCAUCUGCUUCGUUGUAUCACAUCAAGUUAAGUCUUAGCCUCAGGUGUAGUCAUACACCCUUACCUCAUUGUAACGUGUAAAAUAUAGAAAUCGAUGUUCCUCUCAAUGUGGUAAUUACUGACCAGGAAGCGUUCACUCAUCAGCACUUUGUGGAGAUAUCGUCCUCUUUGCACUGACAAACUAUGAAUAUAUCCAAACUUGGUUGUUGUUGACGGGAGGUUGGACAGACAUAAUGGUCUCUGUCACACAUGUAAUCCAUGGUUUCUGAUGAUGUACUUAAAUCACAGUGAGGAACGAUUGUCACACCUGUUUUUUCCUUCUUCUUUUUCAGUUGCAGGUGUCAGUAAAGCCAUCCCCCUCCCUCCAUGCACAUGGUUUCCCUCCAGCUCCAAGUGUUGCAUGUUCCCAUGUUUCUGCUGAGUAAAGCGAUGCAUCGAGUGGGAUCUGUAGAUCUGUGAGGUAUGCAGUGGGUAUGUAACAUGUAGCAAAGUCCGUUGAAACUGUGUCCCUUGAAAUACACGGAAUACUUUACAGAGCCCCUACUCUUAAGUCAAUUUCUAUACCAUAAAGUUCCGUACUAGAGAAAGCAGGGAGUAACUCACAAUAGGUUGUCUCGCUGACAUUAUCACUGGAUUUAGUAAUAUCUGUAUAAUCUUAUGUGUAUAUGAAUGACUUGCAUAUUUCUAUGCUGUGGUGUACUCGGAUGUUUUACUGAAAUGUAAUUAUUGUCUCGCUAUCAUAUGUGAACUUGCGAUAUACUGUUAUUUAAACUCAAUAUCUGGUAAAUAAUGCUUUUCUCCGUACAAAUAAUGCCCAAGGCUCCCCAUGGUACUGUACUGUAGAGAGCAGAGGAAGUAUUUGAGUGGCGUGUAAUUAUCCAAUAGAAUCAUUUACAUAAAAUACAGACGAAUAUCUUUAAGUAGUACAGUACGACCCGCCCAGUUCAUAAAAGGCAAUUGACACUGAAACAAAAUAUAAAUGCAACAUGUUAACUGUUGGUUUCACGAGUUGAAAUAAAAGA